AUGGCACCUAGUCUUCCAUUUAACUCUCAAACGCUUGUUAAGGAGUACCGCGCAAAAGUAUGGGCUCUUCCAAUUGAUCCAGUCGAAUUUAUCACUCGAUUAGAAGCGUAUAAUGCCGCAAGGACUCAGAUCGAUUGCCUCCAUGAGGUCUAUAGGUCUAAAUCCGUAAAUGACAUUCAAAAAUUGUCUGUCGAGAUCUUGGAUAUGAUCGCCGGUGAAAUUCUCGAUACUGAGCAUGAUAAGAGAACACUUCAAAGUUUGAUUGAAGUUUCAGACUUAGCAGGGCUAGAGGAUGCUUUCCUUGAUGCAUUGGAUGAUCAGUUGGGAACAUUUGAAGACGUUGAAAAAGAAAGGCAUUAUGGUGGAAUGAAAGCAAAGCUCGCUUGUGUAGAAGACUUUCAGCGGUCUCUUGAGGCCUGGAAUCUGAAGAAACAGCUUGGAGUAUAUCCAAAGCUUCAAAUUGCUAAAGACUAUUUUGAAGACCACCUAGACGAUGAAGAUAUCGAAGAUGAGAUGGGGUAUGCUGAAGAUUAUGAUGAGAGCGGGAACAGCAAAGCCUGUUGGAAAGUCGAUCUUAGUGCCUACAUAAUACUCGAUGAGGAUCCAUCUGAAGCACGUAAUGCGCCGGAAAUCCAAUUAUUGGGCAUCAGAGGGCAGCAGACGAUUGGAAGGGUGACGGAUGCCAAACAGGAACAAAAGUUUGCAAGGGCACUGAGAGUGCUUAAGCUUAUACCUCUGGGCUCUCCACAACUGAUGAGUGUGGUACGCAAAGGGGCGAUGGAAGAACAGAAGAUCGAACAUAUGGUCGCAGGGAACAGCCACUACGAAGGAAGCAUCAUAGAUUACCUCGAAGUGCAGACCUUGCGCCAGCGCUCAUAA